UAGAACAAAUUCGAAAAAGGUUUAACGAUCGAGGAUGGAUUCAACAUUGGCUUAUCGCAUUCAGAAAUCCCACGCAGCAGAAGUCUGUCGCCUUUGUUUGAAGACGCGUUACCUCGUGGACAUCAACGUGAAUCAUUACUUGAGGAUGCAGCUGUUGGAGUGUUUCCCCCAGAUUCCGCUAGACGACGGCGAACUACCGCGAUUCGUUUGCGGUGAGUGCUACCAACUAGUCGAGAUCACGUACCAAUUCUCCGUUAGAAUGCGUCGUACUGAGGUGCUGCUGCGGUCUUACGUUCAUCUGGGAGGAGAGUUUCCCCGACCAGAGACACUUGAAGCUGAAUACCACCGAUCGGUGAAAAGAUUGGCUUCAACUGACACACAGAUGGACGGACACAGCCCACCGAGUAAGAAACAGUGUUCAUCGAAGAAAGCAUCAAGAUCGGACAAUGAGGAGCGACACACUUCUGGCAACAAGGAAAAGAAGCAUCGAUCAUCGGGGCAUACAUCAAGAUCACAUCGGGAGGAGAGAAAAAGAUCGAACAACAAGGACAAGAAUCAGAGAUCAACGAGCUACAACGAGAACGGGCGACAGUCAUCGGAUUAUAUCGAGAGGAAACAUGUUAACAGGAUGAAAGGCAGGUCCCAAUCACAAGAGGAUGUGUUUUGGUUCGGGAAAGCGGCCAAGAAUCAAAACGACUUAUUUGAAGAAGCAGAAUCAACGAGGACGAAGUUUGUGGAACCACUAAAAAUGUCUUAUGAUGACAAAAUUAGAAAAUUGCAAGAGAACUGUUACAAAAAUAUUCAGAAAAAUCAAUCAUAAUGUACAUAUCAGUUAAA